CUGAAAAAAUACUUGAAAGAAAUAGAUGAACGGCAAAAAAAGGCUCUUCUGCGAAACCAGACAUUUUUAAGGGAAUUCAACCAAUUUGAAGCUCAUAUGAAAACUUCAAGUUCAGAGAUAAUUCAGAAGAUGGAAGUACAGUAUGGAAGAGAAAUUAAAAGUGUAUUAUCACUUCAAGGGAGUAGCUUGCCAGCACGAGGUGACGAAGACGACUGCAGUAAGCAGGUGCCGCUGGUUGCAAGACAGGCAGGAAUUAACACUGGGACAGCCAUGUCAAGAGGAUUGUAUCAUCCAGCAACAAUCUUCAUGGGCCGCCAAAUGUCAGCCAUCUCAAGCACUGAAGAUUUCAGUACACAGCAGAAAUCUUUCCAGCCCAUAAAGAGCUUUUCAAUUUCUGACCCACAUUCAUGCAGACAGGCAGCACAGAGCAGUAAUAUGACAGACAGCUAUGUAGUACAAACUAAUAGUGAUAUGCAGUGCUUAAAUAAGCCUGACAAAAUAGAUGUGGAGACAGAUCUCCAGAUGGGUGAGAAAAUGCCACUCACAUCCAGCAUGUCAUCUGAGAAUGGAAGAACUCACUGCUUAGCAAUAGAAAGCAAUGCAAAUAAUGGCCGGAUUAAUUUAGCAGAGAGCAAAAAAUCUGCUAAACUCAACUCUCCGUUGCAUCAAAGAUUAAAUCCAGAGAACAGAACCACUGAUUUCAAAAGUACCAGUUCUAGCAGACCAGUAAAGGAAGUAGUGACAUCUGAGCACUUUGUAGCAAAUGAAGAAAGAUCUGAACAGCCAGUCUCCUUGGUAUCUACUUCUGAACUAAUUAUUUCUGAGAAAGAACAUCUACAAGAAAGUUUACCAGAACCAGAACAUCACGUGAAUAACUGUACUUCUAAACAAACGAGUUCAGAUAGCAGCAGUGACCUCACAGUUUCUGUGACCGAAGAGGAUGACGUGAUAAAUGCCACUGAACCACAGCAGAGUCUAGAAGACAUAUAUAGCAAGAUGGCAUUAAAAGCAGUAAGCUCAGAACAAGAAAGAGACACCCGUUCUGUAGAACGUUUUUCUUUGCAAUCAUCAAAUCUUUGUACGGCAGAGGAAGAGCCCUCAGUUAGCUCUGCACCAGAAGGGGAUUGUUUGACGUUUGAAGGAUUCUCUCAUUUACUGCAGUUUGUGGAAGACUUGAUUGAGAUAGCAAGCCCCAAAGGCAUGGCGUUAUACCAGAGCGGAAGCACAAGUGCCGCAAAGAUGAAACAGCUGAUAAGCUUUUGUAAUCGUGCUGGCAAUUUGAAAGAAGACGACCUUGAAACAUGUGAAGCAGUUGUCCUUCAUCAGCUUCAGAGUUUAUUACAGAGCAUACUGAAUGGAUGCCUCUUACCUGAGAAAACACUCAAUGUUGAAGGUAGAGCUAUGGGAGAAAAGCAAAUCAGGUCAGACCAGCAAUUGGAUCUUGCCAAGUUAUGGGCUUGUUUGAGCAAGCAUGCCUUGUUCUUGAAAAAGCACCAUGUUUUGCUCACAGAAGAAGUGGCAAAGAUGUUCGACACCUUGCUGAUUUCAGAAAAAAAUGUGCAAGAUGCUCAGGCUCUACCGUUGUUGAGAGAGGUCCUUCCAGAAGAGUGUGAAGAUAGGUCAUCUAUUCAAAGUAAUGAAUCAUCUUACAGCUUGCCAUCAAUUCUAAACGACAGAGGUGAAAUAAAGCAGUCAAAACACGCUCACUGGCUUGACAGCGUUGGUACAAGGGAACAAGAAGUCACAAGCUGGUGUGAAGAUGAGAGCAAGGAAGAAAGCGUGGUAGAAAAGAUUCCUAUUGCAGAUGCUGUAAUAUCCUGCAGCAGAAGCUUGAACUUUAGAGAAUGUCCCUUGUGCAAGGCAUGAGAUUUUUGGAAAGAAGAGUGUUAUAGACUGAUGAUGACAGAGCAACAAAGGUCAAAUUUGAGGAGGCAGACUGAAAGGAAAAAGAAGAGACUGUAGCUGCUGGAGCACAAACUGCUCUGCUCUCUGGAGCAGAACCCUGCGUUCUCCUGUUUCACCGCUUCUCUGCCUUAUGCUACAAAAUACUCUCGUUUCUCUCUCGGUAGAGCAGGACCUACUACUUCUAUUUCUUAAGAGAUCUUUGACCUAUGAAAUGUUUGGGCUGUACGUGAGCUCUGUGAUUAAUGCAGAGCUAUUUCUGUUUACCCAGUCUGUAUUUUAAAAAAGAGCAGCCUUCUAAAAUAUUCACACCUUUUCCAUUUACAGACAUGCUGAGUCAAACACUUAGAGAAUGUUUGUAGAAACACAAUUUGGUGUCUGGCUAUUUAUUCCCUGGGACUCUAAUUGCAGUCAAGGUUUUUAUGUGCAAUAGAUAUAUAAAUGUUUUUGAUGUUUAGAAAGUGUGGAAUUUUUCUAUCUCUGAGAAAGAUAAUUAAUGAUUUAAAUGUUGCAAGUAUGAGGCCAAGAGCUUUCUUAUAAUUUUCUGCAAAUGAAGAGAUAUCACAUCACUUUUAUAGUCAAACAACUCAGUGAUAAAAUUAAUAGACAAUGGAACCUAAGCCAUAGAGAACACAUGGAGAAUAAAUCUUUCCAGUUUGUUACUGGUACAGUAUGUUCUGGGGCAAAGAUCAUUUUAACUGCUCAACAGAACAAAAUAAUUAUGAUUCAUUUUGUCAGUGGGAUUUUUCUUUUUUUCCUGGAAUUGGUGGUUAAUGAAGAAAACUAAACCUAUUUUGUUCAGAACAUUGUUAAAGCUGAUGUUAAGUCUGCAUGGGUCAAAGCAGCUUUCACAAUUAUUUCAAAGUUGAAAAUGUGGAGGGUUUUUAAUUAAUUUUUGGUAUCUCAGAUCCUUUGCUAAUUCUAAAUGGAGGGAACAAUACAUAGGAAGAAAGAUGAGAGGAGGGCUAUGUCAUCUGUGACAGAAGUUUCCAUCCUGCUGUAAUAUUGUUUGAACAACCAGAUUAAGAACUUUACUUUUCAUUAUUAGCAACCUAAUUUGAAUUUAAAGAUCGAGUUUUAUCAAGCUUUUUUAGCUGUGUCUCAGCAGUGUGUGUAGGCCAUUCAGACUAAGUUAGUACUCUUGUAAAAUACCAUAUUUUUAAGUGUGGAGCUGUGAAGUUCCAAAAUAUGUCUUUGAAACUAACUGAAAGAAAUCUUUUAAGCUAUGCUUUUUCCGAAGAACUUGAGCCUCUCUGUUUUUGGGCAUGCUACGAACUAAAUAUUUGAGAUACCAUGUUAACAGACAUCCAGGUUUACAUGAAAAUGUAUUAGAAUUUGUGGGCAAAUGCCACCUAGUAGUAUGAAAUACGUUUUUGAACGUUCAGAUGAAGGCUGGGUAAUUGACUUAGGCUAAAAUGUGGUCACCUAGGCCUUCCAGUAUAGAGCAGAGCAGCAUCAGAACAGCAAGUUAUGAACCUAAAUAGCUUCUAAGGUGGCUAACGAAAACAAGGCGUGAGGUUGUCAAGAGGACAAGGGAUGGCUGGUUUCAGGUUGCUGGAAUGUGAGAUCAGGGUUUUCAGAAGACACUUUUGCAUUUUGCUCACCUUUCUCUCUUCCCAGAAUUAAUGAUCGAUAUAUCACUAGGGUACUGCCUUUUAAAAAAAAAAAAAAAAAAAAAACAGCUUAGAAAAGAGAAUAUCAAAAUAAACUUCAUUUCUCAUUGCUAGUUUGUUACAGCUGCUAAGUAGUGCCAAAAAGCAAACCUCUCAUCACUGAGCUUAGCUAAAUCCAGGGGAUUUAGCUGAUAUUCCUGACUUUGGUGUUAGGCUGUAUAUAGAGGCAACUGUUGCAAUGCCUUAGAAGAUAAAUUGUACUAUCAACACAAACUCACAGCAGCAGCUUUCUGAGCUCAAACUGGAAGAGAGAGGUGUUUAUAGCGAGCUUAUGCAUGGCUAAGGAGGUACAAGACAGCAGUCAAACUACUGCUUUCAAGCAGAGCUGUCACAGACAGAAUUCUGUGUCCCUUAGCUUCUGCUUUUGCAUGUGAUUGUUUUAUGCUGGAGUUAUAUCUGUGGGGUGGACAAUAGUUUUAACCUAGUGUUUCAGCUGGCAUGUUGUUGUGCUCUAAACCAAUCUUCUUUUCACCUUUUCUCCACUUGCUAUCUCUUUUGCUAAGCUAUCAUUUUCUGUUCUGUACUCGGGAGAAAACGUUUGUUUCAACACAGUAUGUAUCUUACCUUCCCAAGCUUAGGGGAGUAAAUAUGCACUUGGUCUUUAUACUAUAGUGAGCUAGAUGUUUCUAGCA